AUGGCGGAGGCGGGAAAAGAGCCUGCAGGCCUCGCGUUCCCGGGAGGAGGUGCCACCCAAUGGCCUCUGCAGCGGUAUGGACGCUUCAUGCCCUCAGGCACCGGAGAGCCUCCUGGUCCUGGUCAGGGCCCGGGGACAGCCUCUUCCCUCACAUGGAAGGUUUUUGACUCCAGUGAAGAAUCUGGGUAUCUUGUUCUCACCAUCGUUAUAUCAGGUCAUUUCUUCAUUUCCCAAGGACCCACACUGCUGGAAGGGUUUUCACUCAUUGGUAGCAAGAACUGGUUGAAGAUUGUGAGACGCAUGGAUUGUCUGUUGUUUGGAACAACGAUAAAGAACAAGAGCCGCAUGUUCCGGGUGCAGUUUAGUGGAGGGUCCAAGGAGCAGGCGCUGGAAAGCUGCUGCAGCUGCGUGCAGAAGCUGGCCCAGUAUGUGACCGUCCAGGAGCCUGACAGAGUCAGCCAGGAACUCAGGCCAAGUGCUGGCCUGCUGGGGGCAGGUGAAAGCCAAGGGAAGGAUUGUGCACAGCACAUCCCACCACAGCACCGGUCACACCAGAAGCCAGAGAAGCAGCAGCAGCAUGGACCGGCCGGCACAGGGACUUCAGGAGGAAGGACCUCAGUGAGUUGGUUGGCUCAGUCUCUCCUGGUGUCAGAGGAGCUGUCCCCGGUCUAUGAACAAUCUGCGUGGGACACGGAAGACUUACGCCCCUUUCUACGCUUGUGCCUCAUGGAUCAGAAUUUCCCCGCAUUUGUGGAAGAGGUGGAAAAGGAACUUAAAAAGCUGACAGGGUUGAGAAAUUAA